AUGAACACUAUACUAUCGUUUGGAGUGCUGCUCUGCGUGUGUCUAGCAUACGCGUCAGCGAUGCCAGCUGAGGAUCCGAAAACUCAAGUCCAAGAGGCUCCAGCAGAAACACUACAGCCUGACGAAAGCCGUUGGGGCGGCGGCUGGGGAUAUGGAGGUUAUGGAGGAGGUUGGGGAGGCGGCCGCGGAUAUGGAGGAGGUUGGGGAGGCGGCCGUGGCUGGGGAGGUGGUUACGGAGGAGGCUGGGGUGGUGGUCGUGGAUGGGGUGGCGGAUACGGACGCGGAUGGGGCCACGGCUGGGGACGUUAA